GCGCGCCACACACACACACACACACACAUUCCAAAACAGCGCCAUCCAUCGCCAUGGGAUGCCAGAGCUCCAGAGUGCGAGUCGUUCAGCCCACGGACGGGAGGAAGAGCGGCUGGGGAGAGAAAGUGAAGCCAGCAGCCAAGGAUGAACUUAAGUCUCCAAGAAACAAUGGCGGCACCAAUGUCAGAGAUGGAUCAGCAGUGUCGAAAGGGACAAUGGAUAGUGGCUUAGGUUAUGAAGAUGAGGGUGUAGGCAAUCAUCUACCAGGAAUAGUAGAGGUAGCUUCUCCAAGGAGAACACAUGUUUUGAAUAAUGAUUUGUCCCUGUUGAACAGACAAGCAGACACAAAGGAAAGGCAAACUUCCACAGAUAUCCUGGAGGAGCUUAUGUCUGAAGGAAUAAUACAGGGUCAGAGCAAGGUUGUUAGGAAUGGGGAAGCAUACAGUGUCAUGGUGGAAACACCCGGGAAGCCUCUAAGGAGACCUCCUGCAAAGUUGGAGAAACUGAAAACCAAAAAGAAGAAAAAUACAAGUCUAACUAGAGAAGAUAUUGAAGCUAAAAUGAAGGCUGCUGAAGAAAGAAGAAAGACAAAGGAAGAGGAACUAAAGAAAAGGUUGCGUGAAAGGCCAAUGACUGCAUUGCCUAGUCAGUCUCAAUUUAGAAUGGGGGCUUUCACUCCUGAUGAUGGACAAGAAGGUGAAGAAACAACUCCAACUGAAACCUUAGAUUCUGCUGCACUGGAAAAUUUAAUGAGUGAACCAACAGGGAGUCUCAUAAUUCCAGCUGAAGAGCCUGAUGAAAUAGGUGCUGUGGAAUCUGACAACACCUACAACAAACCUAGUGACCAGACCAAUGACUUUGAAAAUGAUAUCUUUUGAUGCAAGCUAACCUAAAAAAACAUGUACUGAGCAUCUGAGCCUAGAAAUAUAUACGGUACUGAAGUUUGAUAUUAGGAUUGCAGUUCAUAUGCAAUGCAGAAAGAUCCUUUUUUCAUAAUAAA